GCUAUGUUCUGCUGAUCUUCCUGCUUUGACUCCCAUGGACCGGCUGGCGCUUUGGGACUGGAGAGCCGGUCACUGGGCGGCGCUUGGCAGCGCUGGCCUGCUGAGCGUUUGGGCCUGGAAGGCUGCGGCUGCCUCUGCGCCCUUGAGCGCCGAGUGGCGGAUUUUCGCCACGCUUUGGCGCGAAGGGUUUCUGCGGGUCUUCUUUCCCCGCGACGAGGAUGGCACGCGUUACAUGGGCGUCCUGGAGCGCCUGAAGCGCGUCUCCGAGCUGCGGGCGGUGCUAGGCCUGGAGCGGUUCCACCAGAUCGACUUGGCAAAGCAGCGGAAGCGGAACACAGUGGGCUGGGGGAAGACUGCGGGCACCCACCACAUGCAGCACCUACCGGAUCUGGUCUUCCGAGGCCGGGACCGGCGGAUCGCGCGGGCGGCGCUGCAACGAGCCGCGCAGCUCUUUGCGGAGCCCCAGCGCUGCCUGCAGCUGCACCAGGAAUGGGACCGGACCCCCAUCUUCCAAGACCUGGUGCUGGUGGGGGGUGGCCACUCCCACGUGCACGUGCUGCGCAUGUUGGGCAUGGAGCCAGUGCCAGGGGUCCGGGUGACUCUGGUCACCCGGGACGUGGAGACCCCCUACAGCGGCAUGCUGCCAGGGCACAUCGCCGGUCUCUACACCCGCGAGGAGUGCCACCUGGACUUGAACAUCCUGGCGCGCUUUGCGCGAGUGCGGCUGGUGCAUGCCAGUGUAGAGGGCAUCGACUUGCAGAAGAAGCGGGUGAUUUUGGCCGGCGACCGGCCGCCUCUCUCCUACGACGUGCUGUCCAUCAACAUCGGGUCUGCUCCCAAGGUCCAAGAGGACGCCGGCGAAGCGGGUGUCACCCCUGUGAAGCCCAUCGACGGCUUCGGCGCCCGCUGGGACGCGCUGCUCCGCACAGUGCCCUCCUGGCAGGGCGAACGGCGGCUGCUGGUGGUCGGCGGCGGCGCGGGAGGCUUCGAGCUGGCCAUGAGCAUCAAAGCCCGGCUCACCAAGGAGCUGGCGGCGCUUGAGAGCAGUGCAGUGGUCCACGUGGCGCUGGUCAGCCGCGCCACGCUGCUGCCUCAGCACACCUCGGGUGCCCGCGCCUUGGCGCGGCAGGCGCUGAAGCAGAAAGGCAUCGAGCUGAUCAGCGGCUGCGAUGUGUCCCACGCGGAGAACGGGCGACUCUACUGCCACGACGGUCGCUCCCUGCACUACGACGACUGCAUUUGGUGCACUCAGGGCUCGCCGCAGCAAUGGGUCGGAACCUGCGGCUUGCGCGUGGACCGGGAGGGGUUCUUGCUGGUGGACCAGCAGCUUCGCUGCUCCGGGAACGGCCAGGACGUUGGCCCGGUCUUCGCCGGGGGUGAUAUCGCCACGGUGCUCGACCACCCGCGCCCAAAGGCCGGGGUCUUCGCCGUGAUGGCCGGCAUGGUGCUGUGGAUCAACUUGCGCGCCACACUCCGGAGCGAGAAGCUGGUCACGUAUUGGCCGCAGCAGUCCUUCCUGGGGCUUUUGAACCUCGGGGAUGGCAGCUGCAUCGCCUCGCGCGGCUCUUUGGGUGCGCAAGGCGAGUGGCUCUGGGGCCUCAAGGAUUGGAUCGACCGGCGCUGGAUGUGGAACUACUGCCAAGGUCUGCCGGAGAUGCCCACGGCAGAGCCGCCUGCGUCGGCGGCCUUGGGCUCGGGCCGGCGCAGUGGGGAGCUGCUGUCGCUGCUGCGGAAGAGCGCCAUGCGCUGCGGAGGCUGCGGUGCCAAGGUGGGCGCCACCACUUUAGCCCAGGCGAUGGCCCGAUGUUCCAGCUACAUCCCCCGGCAGCCGGAGAGGGGCGAAAAGGCGCAGGUGGUGGUGGGCGCCGGGGAUGAUGCCGCGGUGGUGGACUUCUUUCACGCGAACGGCAAGAUCUCCACGGUGCAGAGCAUCGACUUCUUUCGGAGCUUUGUGGAGGACCCUUUUGUCAUGGGCCAAGUGGCGGCCUUCCACGCCUUGUCGGACCUUGAGGCCAUGGGCGCCUCGGCGCUGAGCGCCAUGGCCUUGGCGCAGGUGCCCUUUGCCAUGGAGGAGAAGCAGGAGGAGGACUUGGUGCAGCUCAUGGCCGGCGCCUCCUUGGCCCUCAAGUCCGUGGGCUGCGCUCUGGUCGGAGGACACACCUGCGAGGCCAAGGAGCUCGGCCUGGGCUUCGCGGUCACUGGCACCCUGGAUUCGAUCUCCGAAGCCAUGAAGAAGAACCUGCUGGAGCCAGGGGAGUCGCUGAUCCUUACAAAGCCGCUGGGCACGGGGGUCCUCUUCGCCGCAGACAUGCGAGCGAAGGCGCGGGGUCCGUGGAUCGCCGGGGCGCUGAAGCGCAUGGUCUGCUCCAACGGCGUGGCGGCCAAGGUACUUCGCGCCAAAGGCUGCGUGGCCUGCACCGAUGUCACCGGCUUUGGGCUGAUCGGGCACUUGUUGGAGAUGUGCUCCACCUCGCAAGUGGAGGUCUCCGUCAGCCUGCAGAAGGUCCCGGUCUACCCGGGUGCCGUGGAGUGCCUCCAGAUGGGCAUCGAGAGCUCUUUGCAGGCCGCCAACGUGCGCCUGCGGCGCGCCGUGAUCGCCACUGACCAGGUGCGGGCAGACCCGGCCUUCCCGCUGCUGUUUGACCCCCAGACAUCCGGGGGCUUGCUCGCCUCCGUGCCGCAGAACCGCGCGGACGUUUGCGUUGACCAGCUGCGGCUCUUAGGCAUGGACGCGGCGGUGAUUGGCUCGGUGACCGCAGCUUGCACCGGUGUCCAGCUGAUCACAGUCACCGAAUGAGGGCGCCGGGGCGUCAGGCAGUUGCCAGAUGACCUGAAGCACAGCUUGCCCACGCGAACGCACA